CACGACUACGUGGCUGGCUUCAAGCGGAAUCACCGACAGUGUGAAUACUCGAAUCGCAAGUACGACACUAGUCCGACUUCUGUUGAGGUAGAAGUGCCCCCUUCUGAAGUAGAAGGAGUUCAAGUCGGAGAUGGACACCUAGAUGCCGAUUUGACGAACUCGCAGAAGAAAGCGGCAGGUAAUGACAUGGAGGCGGGAUUCACGGAAGCGAUUGAGAGCGUGGAUUCAUUUUUAAGGUGUUUCUUGCGUUGCUUGGCAAUUCAUUUUCAUGAUAUAGUGUCCCCUGUGUCAUACAUGAGAAGAGGACGUGUGGCUGUGGCGAGGCCACCGAGGCGUCCGAUCCUCUCCUCUCCUGUGCUAUUCCUACUCCUACUUCUUCUCCUUGCCUAUUCCUAUCCCAAGUAAUAUAGUACACUCAUUGAUGGCCUUGUAGACUUAUAUACUUGUUGUACUGUAGCAACCACAUCAGUAGCUUUGAUGCACCCGCCACUGGGCCAGUCCCUGGCCACUGCCAGUCCCUGGAAAGAAAGAGGUAUAGUACUGUUAAUGAGACUGAGAGGAGUCGAAGAUCUAACAUCUGUGGAGUUGAGAGUUCACGACUACCAAUGUCAGACGCGCGUGGAUCAACGUAGACUGCAAAUGCCUGGUGGCUUCACUGAAUGGGAUGGCGAUGCAGACGCGCGAAUGGAGUCCGCUUUCGCUGCCUACCUGCGGCGCACAAAUUCUGCACAACCUAGAAGUGCCUCGACGAAUACGUCCGAAGAAGAAGCAGACGCGUUAAGAUGGGUUAAAGUAUCCUCCUACAGACUUUUACCACAGGUGGUCGAGUACGGAUCACAACACGGAGCGAACACAUGCAUGGCAUGACUUUUACCGUGAAGAUCUUCAUCAAUCUACUCUUACUUUUUUCUCCUACUCCUAUAAUUUCUUCUGAUAAUGAUCUCCGUUGAUUAAUUUACAUAGUUGUGAGGAACACAUCACAUGCAAGCUCUAAAGACAGCAGCUGUAGUCGAAGACGAAAGAGAACAACUAGAAGUAGGAGAUAAAAAGGAAGUGGGUAGUACUGAAGUGGACAAGCGGGAGAAAAGUCGUGGUAAAGAAAGUGAUGCCAACGUGUCAACAGGAGAAAAAACAACUAUUAAGGUCAGCUUUUGUCCAUUUUUGUCAGCUGCUCGAUACCCUUUGCCCUUGUAUCUCAUGGGAGCGGGGUCGAGAGUCUCUAAAUCCUGAGAGAGUAGAAGCCGUCUCUAAAACUGCAACUCGAACAAGCUUGAGGAAAAUACCACUAGAGCCAAAGGUGUCUCCAGAGCCAGAGGUGUCUCCGAUGCUGAGACGGGCACGAUUUGAGGUGGAAAUGGAGGAGGUAGAGGACCGC